AUGAAGGCGAAGGGCCCGAAGACGAGCCCCUUCAGGUCUCCGUCGCUCCAGGCGCUGCUGGUGCUGCUAAACUCUCCGGCGCUCCAGCCGCUGCUGCCCGAAGUGCUGGCGCUCUCAGAGCCCGUUCCGCCCGAAGUGCUGGCAGUGCUCUCAGAGUUUGUGCCGGAGAUGACCGAGGCCGAGGCUUCAGAGGUGGAGGCUCCUCAAGUCAGGGACUUCACCGACCGCACAAAGCAGACGCUGAAAAGGCCUCCGUCGCCACUGGGCGCGGCGGUGGGAGCGGGCCCAGCGGGCGUGGUGCUGCUCGUGGUCGUGUUCCAGGACUUGGUGGCAGUCGUGGUGGAAGUCGUGGUGGCAGUGAUGGUGGCAGUCGUUGUGGCCGUCGUGGUGGCCGUCGUGGUGGCAGUGAUGGUGGCGCUUGUCCGGGUGGUAGCCGUCUUGGUGGAGGUUGUCUGUGUCGAGGACGAGGAGGUGAUGCUCGUUCGCGUUGCAGAGGAGGACGUGCCUCAAAACAUUGCCACAGCAGCAAGCUAUGCAUGUGGGUUCGGUUCAGAGGCGGGCACUUGUCGUUCUCGUGCUGGUCCGCGAUGUCGUGGCGCUGCCUCAGCAACUUCGCAGCUCGAGGCCUGGAGGAAACACUUUCUUCGCUUUGCUUGGGACUCGGUGAGGCGCUGGUGGUGGUGGUGGAGGAUUUCGACACCGUCGUCGUUGAAGUGA